AUGCCCCUUGCCGCCCUCGUGCCGACGCACAGACACCCCGCUGCCCAGCCACGCUGCUGCGGAAAGAGGCUCCCUGGUGGCUCUCGAAACCCCGUCGAUCCCUCUCUAUACACGAGGAUACCCAGCCUUCAGGCACCCACGCGGAACGGAUCGGGCGAGACGCAGAGACAGGCCAGAGGAGAGGAGAGGAGGAUCCCACCGCCGAUCUUUAGCGCCCAGCCGCUGCCGGAGCUUCAACGCACAGCCGCUGUCGGAGCUUCAAUGCCGGCGUCUUCCUCCGGCAGCCUAUCUUCCCCAGUGGAGUCAUAUUCUUCUGACUUCUGUCAAACUCUUCCCAUUUUCUGUGUGUGGAAUCCCUUCAUUAGGUUGUACAGAUCGUGUGAUACUACUAAUGAAAGAGUACAAUUUGAUAUUGAGCCCUGUGGCAAGCAUCUUGCCACUGGUGGGCAGGACGGCAUGGUCCAUAUUUACGACCUUCAAGGUGGCCAGUGGGUGAAAGGCUUCCAAGCAGCUGCUGAUACUGUCAACGGUUUCUCCUUUCAUCCAUACCUUCCUCUUGCUACAACAUCAUCUGGGCACAAAAGAUUUGGUAUGCAAGAUGAAUUCGAAGAGGAAUCGAGUUUGGCAGGCGAUGAGAACUCCUGCUCCUUUUGGAAGUUUUCUUGCUCACAAGAAGCUUGA